UUAUUUUUGUUUGCCCACCACCAUUUGUAGCGAAGUUUCGAAAUUUUGAUUCAGUUGAAUUUUUCCAGCCAAACAAAGCAGAAGUGUUAAAACGUUUGAGUAUAAUAAACAGAUAUUUAUUUAUUUUUAACUUGAGAAAUUUAUUUACUUCAGAGCCUACAGCUUUAAGUUCCAUAUUCUCUCGGUACACUACCUGUGUAAUUGCAUUCAGUUAAAAAAAAAAAAAAAAAAAAACAGGCAGUAUGUCUCAAAAACGUGUCUCAGUGUCCACUCGCAUAUCGCGCGCCUCCACCUCCACACCAGUGGGAGGACAGUCGUCGGCACGUGGUGGAGCCACCAGCCCUGGCGCCACUAGUCCUACUCGCACAACCCGGAUACAGGAGAAGGAAGAAUUGCAGCAUUUAAAUGAUCGUCUCGCCUGCUAUAUAGAUCGUAUGCGUUAUCUUGAGAAUGACAACAAUAGAUUAACGCAGGAGCUCCAAAUCGCUCAGGACACGGUCAACCGCGAGGUGUCCAAUAUAAAGGCGAUGUAUGAGAAAGAACUGGCAGCUGCACGUAAAUUGUUGGAUGAAACUGCCAAGGAGAAGGCCAAACUAGAGAUAGACAUCAAGCGCUUAUGGGAGGAAAAUGAUGACCUCAAACAAAGACUAGAUAAGAAGACGAAGGAUUGCGCCAUCGCCGAGAACAGCGCUCGUGUAUAUGAAUCUCGAUACAAUGAAAUUAACGGUAAAUACAACCAGGCUUUGACAGAUCGCAAGAAGGCCGAAGAUCAGGCUAAAGAUCUAGGAAUUGAAAACGACCGUCUGCGCAAGCAACUAGAAGAUCUUCGUAAGCAACUUGAGGCUGAGACAUUGGCUCGCGUCGAUUUGGAGAAUCAGAAUCAAAGCCUUCGCGAGGAACUCAGUUUCAAGGAUCAAGUUCAUAGCCGAGAGCUCACUGAAACGCGUUCACGUCGUCAAAUUGAAAUCAGUGAAAUCGACGGCCGCUUAUCCAAGCAAUAUGAAGCCAAACUACAACAAUCUCUGCAAGAGCUGCGUGAUCAAUACGAGGCCCAAAUGCGAGCCAAUCGUGAAGAGAUCGAAUUGCUAUAUGACAAUGAAAUCAAAAAUCUCCAAGCGGCAGCAAAUCGCGCUGCCAACUCGUCUGCUCAUGCCACCGAAGAAGUUCGUCUUAUGCGCACUAAAAUUGAUGGACUUAAUGCUAAAAUCCAAGAUCUUGAGAAUACCAAUGCUGGCCUUAAUGCUCGCAUACGUGAAUUAGAGAAUCUCCUAGAUAGUGAGCGUGCGCGCCACAAUCAAUACAUCGCGUCAUUGGAGGCUGAACUUCAACGUAUGCGUGACGAAAUGGCACAACAAUUGCAAGAAUAUCGUGAUUUAAUGGACAUCAAGGUUUCGUUGGAUCUUGAAAUAGCCGCUUACGACAAGCUAUUGUGUGGAGAAGAGCGCCGUCUCAAAAUUUCAUCACCCGGUCGUCCGGGCACUAGUACAAACACAGACUCAGGCUAUUCGAAUGGCACACAUUUGUCCGUUUCUUCUACCUCACGUUCUGGCCGUGUUACACCCAGCGGUCGCCGCUCAGCCACACCGGGUGCUGGUGGAAGCGCCAGUGCAGUCAAACGUCGUCGCACAGUCAUUGACGAAUCCGAGGAUCGCAACUUGUCAGAAUUUUCUGUGAAUUCCGCUGCUAAAGGCGAUUUGCAAAUUGUUGAUGCUGACAGCGAAGGGCGUUACAUUAAACUUCACAACAAGGGCAGCGAAGAGAUUCAUUUGACCGGUUGGCAGCUAACACGCAUAGCAGGCGACGAGGAGUUGGCCUUCAAAUUCUCACGUGGAGCGAAAAUUAAUGGUGGUGCUACUGUAACAAUAUGGUCAGUAGAUGCUGGCGCCGCCCAUGACCCACCACAAAAUCUGGUAAUGAAGAAGAAAUGGCCCGUUGCUGAUUCAAUGCGCAGCGUUUUAGCAAACGCUGACAAAGAGGUGAGAAUCUUGUCGAUCUACAACACUUGUAGCAUGUGUCACAUCUGCAGCCACUGUCAACACUUAGAGUUUCUGAUCGACCAGAUGUUGCCAGCUACGACCGUGUUCGUUCAAACAUUUCCAGUCACGCGUCACGACACCGUACAACAGGUAGCGGUUUCACACUCGGGUCGGGAGUCGGCUCCACUGGCGUAAGAAGCCUUUUUUCCCUACUUUUCUAAGCUUAACAGGGAACAGAACGUCUGACAACUCAAGCGGAUGUUACAGAUAAAACUAUUAUAUAUGCAUGUACAUAUUUAUAUACGUUCAUAUGUAGAUUUAAAUAUGUAUAUGUAAUAAGGACAAAACUAGCACAACCUAAAGUUAAAUAAACUUUUACGUUUCUUAUGUGCAUUUAAACAUAUCCUCAACAAGAAUUUCCAAGGACUUUCACACUCAGCACAUCAAAUAAGCAGAUAUCAACCAUUCUAUGGUCCAAUAUAAAAAUGCUAGGCUUAUCGUCAAAUAUAAAAAAGUUAACUCAGAGCUACUUAAAAAUGUUCUUAUGAACAACCUAAACUUUGUAACUAUUUACGUUAUUACCAAAUGUAAUGUACAAACAUAAAUGUAAUUUAAAGCUUUUAACUUACAUUAAAUAUGCAUUUAAAUACGGUUAAAAGAAA